UCCUCUGUCCGCAUUGUUUGUCACGAAGAGGCGGAAACGCUGGAUUUAAAACAGUGCAGCACCGUUGCUCUGAGCAACAAAAACAGCUCUGACUCUGGAAACAUCUAUGCUUGGAUGCUUGGAAGAAUGGGAUCUCCAACAAAGCACGCAACGCCUCACAGAGUCAACAUUCAUUCCCCUGGUAAAGAUGUGGACUCCCCACUUCCUCCCAUCCAGGAGCGGCUUGCAUACCUGCGUCCUUCCAGGGAGCUGCUGGAGUUCUACAGACAGAAGAUUGCCCAGUAUGAUGCUGAACACGAAGAGUUGUUGCAAAUGCUGGAGAAGUAUAAAAGCGUCACAGAGGACCAGCACAAACUACGUUAUGACAUACGACAUCGGGAAGGAGAGAUUGCAGAGCUUCAAAACGCCCUGAGUGACAUGCAGGUUUACCUUUUCCAGGAGAGAGAGCAGUCUCUGCGGCUUUAUGCAGAAAAUGACAGACUAAAGAUCAGAGAGUUGGAGGACAGGAAGAAAAUCCAACACCUUCUUGCUCUUGUUGGUCCAGAUGAAGGAGAGAUUACAUACUUCCACCAAGAGCCUCCUCACAAGGUCACAAUUACUCAGAGGCGCCCUGAGUCCAGGUUUGAUGAAAAUCUCAGUCUAAGGCCAACAAAGUUAAGACCAGCUUCGACCACAAAAGAGACUUUCAGGAAAUCAAACGGUGCUUUCAAUAGCAAGAGCUUGGAACAGUGUAAGAACGACAACCAGACGUUGUUGUUGCAGGUGGAGGCACUGCAGGCUCAACUGGAGGAACAGACACGUCUGGCCAAAGAACAAGUGGAGGCUCUCCUUGAAGAUCGAAGGAUCAAAACGGAGGAAGCUCAGGCCCAACAAUACAGAGACCAGGAACGCAUUGUUGCACUGACUGAAAAGCUCCAGCGUACUCAGAACCUGUUGCAUGAAAGCACAAGAGACUUCUUACAGCUAAAAUUUGACAGUCGGGCUCACGAGAAAAGCUGGAUGGUAGAAAAAGAUCGACUGCUGAGGGAGCUGGACUCCUGCCACAACCAACUACGAAAGGCCGGGUCCGGUGGCACUGAACUGGGAAGAUCAUGGCAGCCCAGCAGCAGCAGAUCUGCUCCUCUUCUUCCUCGACCCCAACCGGAGCUGGUUCAGCCAUAUAAGGAGGAGUUCAAGGCUCUACAGGAUGAUCUGAAACAAGCUCACAGGUUGGCAGAGAUGUACAGAGAACAGUGUAUCACUAUGGAGACAGAACUGUCCCAAAUCAGAGAGGAAGGAGACGUAGGCAGAGAAAUAUUUAAGGAGCGUUCAGACAAAAUGGCCAAGCGUCUCCAGCUCAUGACUCAGCGCUACGAGGCUUUGGAGAAGAGGAGGGCCAUGGAUGUGGAGGGCUUCAAGACAGAUCUAAAACACCUCAGACAGAAGCUCAAAGAUGUAGAGAAACAGCUGCUCAAGGUUACCUUGAAUAUUGGGCCCAACCAGGACUUAGCCAUUUUACACGAAGUACGUCAAACCAAUUCAAGGACAAAAAAGGUUCAGAAUGAGCUGGUGGCUCUGAAAGCCAAAAUUUAUGGACUUGAAAAUGAGCUAAGAUUUAGCUGAAGAAUUUAAUCUUUUUUCCUAAAUGUUUUCCUCUUGACUGUUUUUAUGGAUUCUUCUAUUGUGUUUUACUGACAUGCUGGCUGUUAAUAAUUUGUGCCUUGAACCAAUAAAACUGUUUUACAGCGA